AUGGACAGCGGUGAGGGAGGGAGAGGAAGGGAUGGAGGGAGAGAGGGAGGAGAGAAUAGUGAACCUGACAUCAGCACCAAGCCAUUAUCUCAUCCUUUCCUGACCCCGGAAGUGAUUCCCUGUAAUGGGUCGCCCUCUCGUACCUCAGCCCCGGCCCCUGCCAAAGAGCCCUCCAACCUGACCCAGACAGAGCAGGGGGGUGCAGAGGGGACCGCAGGCAGAGAGGAGACCCCAGAAGGGGAGGGGGGUGUAUACUCACAGGAGGAUGGAGUGACACUGGAAGAAGAGGAAGAGAAGGAAGAGAAGCUAAAGGAGAAAGAACGAUUGUUACUAGUGGAUGACAGAGAGGAAACAGUGGGAAGAAAAAACCUUGUACCAGCCCUCAUCAGCAAAGACAGAGGAGAAGAGGAAAAAGAGAAGGAAGAGGAAGAGGAAGAGGAGGAGGAAAGGGAAGAGGCCAUCUCAAACCAAAGCCAAACCAAAUCCAAAUGUAGUCUAUUACCUCGACAGUGCCAGCACAGCUCUGCUUACAGCACUGUUAUAGCCAGUGGCACAUUGAACAGUAACACCCAUAUCACUCCUUCCUAUUCUCCAAAGCACUCUACCUCUCCAAAGCUCUCAUUAUCACCUUCCAAUUCUCCAAAGCACUCUACCUCUCCUUCCACCUCUCCAAAGCGCUCCAUCUUUUUUCCCUCCUCUCCUUAUCCUCAGAACGAGACAGAGGAGAGAGACACAGGAGGAGUGCAGGGCAAUAGUCCUAGUUUUCCUCUGAGCUUUAAACUCCAACAGUCUGCCCUGUCUGAGUCCACCAGCACACACGCUAAGGAUGAUGGUAGGGCAGAUGCCACUCACACUUCCCUUAUUGCCAAUGGAGACACUGCCAAAGUUCUAAAACCAAACAACAAUCCAGAAGAGAGAGAUGGAGAAAGAGAGGGAGAUGGAGAGAUGGAAAUAGAAAGAGAUGAUGAGGGAGAUGGAGAGCGAGAAAGAGAGGGAGAUGAGAACAUAGAGACUGUAUCUAAAUACCUCCACCCCUCUCCCUCCUCUUCUUCCUCACCCUCCUCUCCCGGCUCACUGAACAGUCACAUGGCAUUGAUGCACUCCCGGAACUCCUGCAAGACACUUAAAUGCCCCAAAUGUAACUGGCACUACAAGUCCCAGCAGACACUGCAAGUCCACCUCAGAGAAAAACACCCAGAGUCUGGGGGCUCAUGUGUGUGUGGGGGCUUGGGAGAGAAUUGUGUUUGUGGAGGGUCAAGGGGUGUGUGUCUGUACUGUAGCACAGGGAAGGCCCACCCUCGUCUGUCCCGGGGGGAGAGCUAUGUCUGUGGGUACAAGCCCUACCGCUGUGGUGUGUGUGAUUACGCGACCUCCUCUAAAGGAAACCUCAGCAUACACAUGCAGUCAGACAAACACCUCAGCAAUGUACAGGCAGCGGGACAAACACAACCUGCGCACAGCACACACACACACUCCACACACAGCGGGAGCUCCACUGUCAGAGACACGGCAGGCGAUCAGGUGUACGGACACACACACCCCGAAGUCACGCAGCCCCCUGCAAACACACCGCUCUACCCCAGCCAGCCCCCCUCCCAGGGUAAGAGGUGGCGGUGUGAGGUGUGUGAUUAUGAGACCAGCAUUGCGCGAAACCUGCGGAUACACACCACCAGCGAGAAACACACACACAAUGUGCUGCGCCUGAAACACACACACAACGUACUGCAGCUGCAGAGAAGCUACUACCUGGCCCACUGCAGGAGUCUACCUCCUCAACUCACACUGCUACACAGCAUAGGUGAGAGACUACACACACACGGACACAUACUCAGUAACUGUUCUGUUGGGCUCUGUUCACUGGCACAUCAAGUUAGGUCGAUACUUGAUUAUAUCCAUGCUUAUAUGUGUGUUUUUUCACGGCCUGUUUGUGUGUGUGUUCUAGAUGGGGAGCAGUCUUUGGAUAUGCAUCAACUAACAGCAGAGGAGCCAGUUGCCCCGGAUUCAACCCUGACCCCCUCCCCCUCUCCUCCUCCUCCCUCCUCCUCACCAUCCCCUUCUCCAUCCGCCUCUCCCCCUCCUCCCCUGUCUCUCUCUCCCUCUUCUCCACUGUCCCAUGGUGUGUUCCGGUGCCUGGUGUGUUUCAGUUUCUCCUCUGACAGUCUGGAGUCUCUUGGGUCUCACCUGAGCGCCCCCCGCUCCCUUCCCCAGUCUGAGUGGCGCUGUCUGGUGGCCGGAGGCUGCUAUUGCAGGCUGUGUGGCUACAGCACCCCCCUCACAGCUAACUUCACCUUGCACUGCCAGACAGACAGACACAGGGCCCGCUACCAGCUGGCUGCCCACCUCUGGGAGAGAGGGGAGAAGGGGGAGGUCGUGGACUGGGAGGAAGUUGGGAAAUUGGUUGCUACAGGCAACCUGGUCCAGCUGAAGUGUAACGUGUGUGACUUCCAGACCACCAGCUUGGAGAAACUGAAAAUACACAGCGUCAACUCCCAACACCAGGCCAGCCUCAGAGUCUACAGGGUCAGUACAAACACAAUAAUUGCUGUUCUUGAACCAUACGAUUAUGUAGAAAAUAUCUGGGAUAUAGACAGCAAAUCAAACACAGAGACCAGAUUUAUUAUGUACAUCUUUUUUUCUAUCACAUCUUGUAUAACCCCACCUCACCCCUCUCUCUCUCUCCCUCUCUCCCUCUCUCUCUAGUUCUUAGAGCAGUAUGACAGUGAAGUAGAUGGAGGCUCCUGGUCGUUCCACUGUGUCUUGUGUAAUUACUCCUCCCGCUCUAAACUCCACCUACUGAGUCACACCCACUCCACAGGUCAUCAUAAGAGGGAGGAGCUUCACCACUUGCAGCUUAUGAGAAGGAGGAGCCUGAAUAAAGGAGAGGAGCUAGCUGCGAUCUUCAGCAUCAGGAAGUGUCCCAAUCCUGAGAUAGGUAAGAAACUCAGCUGCUAUUUUCCAAUUCCCUUCUCUCUGAAGUGUGCACUUGUUCAGUCCUCCUGAACAAGUAUGGGAUUAUUGUAGACAUUGGCGAGAGGGAAUUUCGACCAUAUUUUGUACAUCAGUCCAGACCAAAUUUCUAAAUAGGAUAGAGAAAAUUAACUGCAGGCCUAGGAUAAGUCAACGGAGAGAAGAAAUUAGAAGAAACUUGGAGAGAUGGCGCAGUGUGAAGCGAGAGUGAUUGAGAGAGAAGGAAUGAUUGAUUAUGGUCAGGGGUCAAUUGGGUUAAUUGAUUUGUCAAUACACAGGCUCGUUACAUCCCCUAUCACCCCGACAACGCUAACGAGCACCUACCGACUCACUGCUUUUGAACUGUAGGGUGGCAGGUAGCCUAGCGGUUAAGUGCUUUGGACCAGUAACCGAAAAGUUGCUGGUUCGAAUCCCAGAACUGACUAGGUGAAAAAAUCUGCCGUUGUGCCCUUGAGCAAUGCACUUAACCCUAAUUGCUCCUGUAAGUCACUCUGAAUAAAAGCAUCUGUUAAAUGACUAAAAUGUCUGUAAUAUUCCAGAAUAUAACUUUCAGGGCCAGUUACCCAGACACUGUCAAUAGAGAUUCUCCAUUGACCAUGCUUUUUAGUCCAUGACUAGGCUUAAUGAGGGUCAGCGAAACUAGACUUCCGAGUACCAUUCAAAUGACUCCUCCUUUCCUCUGUUCUAUCUCUGUCUGGUCUAAAUCUGGUCUAACUCUGUCUACUACUCUGUAUUAAACAGUCAAUAGCAGGUAUUCGGUCUGAAUGAACUAGUCUGAAUCCCAGGAGGCUCUUAAAUAGAAAAUCAAUACUGGAUCAAUCAGUGUGUGUGUGUGUGUGUUGCUGUGUAUGUUGCUGUGUAUUAACAUAUGUGUUAUCUUUCUAGAUGGAAGCAGUGAGGAGGGGGAGAGGAGAGAUUCCUUAUCCCCAGGCAAGCGAUCAUUCUCUGGGCUGGAGGAGACACAGAGCCCCCUCUCUCCCAAACGCCCCAGAACCGACAAGCACACCACUGACCAACAGGCUACUGCCAAGUGCCCACUGUGCCAGGACACACUGGUACACACACAGCUGAGACGUCACCUCACACUCACUCACAGUGUGGCCCAGGACUGUGUGGACAAGCUCAUGAGCACGGUAAGUGUGUGUGUGUGUUCUAGCUACCUUUUAUUAGCAGAAGUGCAAUCAAGCUGAAGGAGCUUGUUUUUAGUGUCUCGAGCAAACAAAGAGUGCUCAUCUCUCCACAUCACCAACCUCCAUUACUUUACCCAGCAUGCUAAGUGCUCUUUGUCUCCCUCUCUGACUUCACUUGACUGCCUUCUUCCUUUUAGUCUUCCUGUUUUCCCCCUCAUCCCUCUCUCACCCCUCCCUCUCCUCUCCUCUCAACUCUCUUACCCUCUCCUCUCUCCCUUUUUUCUCUCACUCCCUUUUCAUAUCUCUCAAUCUUCUCUCUUUCUCUCUUUCUUCUCUCCACCCCUCCUCUCUCUCUCCAUCUUUCUCUCUGCACCCCUUGUUCUCUCUCUCUUCCCCCCUCUCCAACCCCUCUCUCUCUCUCCAUCUUUCUCUCUGCGCCUCCUCUUUCUCUCUCUCACCCCCUCUCCACCCAUCCUCUCUUUCUCCAUCUCUCUGCCCCCACAGCCCCCCAUUCUCCACCCCUCUCCCUCUCUCUCUGAUAGUAGUGUAGGUUCAUUAAUUCAGUCUGGGGUGAUGAUGGCCAUUAUGUUCCUCGCUUUCCAAUUACUCUCUCAAGAUUAAGCCUGACCUUCACUCUCUCACUGCUGCACCCGCAUAUGUGUAUGCGUCUCUUCUGUCUCUGCCAUGCCAAGUGUGUGUGUGUUUUCUUUCUGUGUGUGUGGUUGAUUUAAAAACACUCUUGAUUCUAUUUCCCUCCAUCUCAUAUUAUUAUUAAUUCUAAAGUAAAGCGUGUAAUGGGAGAAUGAGGUGAUGUAGACAAUAAAGGAGCAUCACUAUUAUUAUUCCAUCUGCACUAUCAAACAGGAAAGACACUGUUUUGACUGACUAUAAAGGCAAUCAGUCAUCUGGAUAGGUUCAGACUGACGUUCAAAACCUUUGUUGUUGGAUUAUUUUCCAGGUGGCAGUGGAGCUGCCAGAGAUUCUGCAGAAAGAGUCACUGCAGAUGGAGUCCCAUUCAAACGACUCCAACACAAACGAAUCUCAAACAAACGAUUCUAAAACAAACGACUCUAAUGCAAAGGAGUCCCUCAAAAAUGAAUCUCAAACAAACGAUUCUAAAACAAACGACUCUAAUGCAAAGGAGUCCCUCAAAAAUGAGUCUCAAACAAACGACUCCCAUAUAAAUAAAGAAGAAGUGAUCCCAGCCAAAGAUGUCCCUGCCCUGCCCAACGCUCCCUGUGAGGACCAGCAUCCAGCAGAGGACAACAUCUCUCACCUCCCAGAGUCCCCCAGCUCUCCUCCUCCCCCCCCCACUCCUCCCUCUCCCUCCCUCAGCCACCUCCCUUCAUCCGCCUUACCCCCCUCUCCUCCUAGUGAUGCCCCUCCCCCAUCUGAUCGUCAUAGUUACAGGUUCCGCUGUGGCAGGUGCAGUCUAGCAUUCCGGACGCAGGAGAAGCUGAAGCUGCACUGGCAGUACCAUGCCAUGAGGGCGGCAACAGAGUGCCACCUCUGCCCCAGACGCUGCCGCAGCCAAGAGGCCCUGCAGAGACACCUGCUCAACACACACCUACAGGACCUACACCUACAGGGUACACACCCUGACCAGAGUGGAGCACACGUCCAACGACCAACCAGCCUGGAGGGGGAGGAAGAGGACGGGGAGAGUAUGAGUGAAGAAGAUACAGAUAAGGAGGAGGAAGAUGAGGAGGAGGGGGAGGGAGAGCAAGGAAAAGGAAAUGAAGGAGAGGAGGAUGAAAAGGAAGACCCAGAUGAGGAGGAGAGGCCCAGUCCAGGGGUUAGUAAUAGUGACAAGGGUUCAGGGCAGCAGGAGGAGGAGGAGGAGACAGGGUCAGAACCCAGCCCCUUCAUCAAGGGCUCGAACCCGACUCUGGAGCGGUUCCUGGACCCGGCUCGGCCCUACAAGUGUUCAGUCUGCUGUGAGUCCUUCACGCAGAGAACCAUCCUGCUGGUCCACUAUAACUCUGUGUCCCACCUCCACCGAGCCAAAGCCAGACGGGCCCUGCAGGACUCCAGCCCCAGUCCUGCUGACACCCCCCAGGGCCUGGAACCAAGCCCCUACCGCUGCAGCCUGGCCCCUGACCCCAGGCCCUACCGCUGCAGAAUGUGUGGGGUGGCCUACAGCCAGAGCUCCACCCUGGACAUCCACCUCCGUUCUGUACUGCACCAGACACGAGCCCGUGCAGCUCGGACCCAGCUAGCACUGAACCCCCACUCCCAGCAAACUCCAGCUCCAGCCUCAGCCUCAACCCAGGCUCCCCACAUCCCAGUCCCAUCCUUAGUCCAAGCCCAGACCCCUGCCUCCAGCCCUUCGCCUGGAGGAGGAGAGGCAUCUACCAGGGGAACCCCCCCAGCUGCCACCAGACCAGCCCCUGCCUCCCCAAGUCCCUGUUCCUCCCUGAGUGAAGCACAGCAGAGUGUGGGUGUCUCUGGGCAGGCUGAGGGUCAACAGGCUAAGAGGAGGAGAGUAGAGGACCUGACCACAUCCGCAGGACAGCAGGACCUGAUGUUACUCCAACAGCAAUUAGCCCAGGCCCAGAUACUACAGCAGCAACAGCAGUUAGCCCAGGCCCAGAUACAGCAACAAACAGCCCUCCUCCAGCCCCAGCUGUUUAGUCCAACACUGCUCCCACACCUCCCCUUACUGCAGCAGAACCUCCUAAAGCAGCACCUCCCUUCAGUAGCAGAGAGUCUCCAACAGGGGAACCUCUUCCCUCCCCUCCCAUUAUCCCCAGACAGCCUGUUCUCUCUACAGCAGCAGAUGCUCCUGUCCUUCUACCUCGCUGGAGGGCUGCAUCUCAACCCCAACACAACCCUUAUGAACCAGACCACCUCAGCUGUCUCCCCUCAGACCACCUCGGACCAACACCCCCAGAUAGAGAGGCUUGAACCUCCCUCUCCACUGACAGAGACAAAUAGCAUCCAGUCUCCAGCCCAGGCCCCAAAAUGUGAGACCCAGGCUGAGACCGCUGACAGUGACUCCCCCCUCCACCAGACAGAGAAAGAGUACAACCCAUCCUCCCCUCCUGAGGGAGAUGGAGAGAGGGACAGAGAGAUGCAGGAGAGCGAGAAGAAGGAAAGAGCAGAGAAGGCCCUCAGAGUUCUGCUGGAGAGAUACGGCUGGGAGCUGGCCCUACAAAGCACUCAGAGCAGACAGAGACAGCAGAACAGAGAGAUGGAGGGAUGCCUGGAGAAGGAGGAGAAGCAGUGUGGAGAAUGUGGGAAGCUGUUCUCUGACUCUCUGAUCCUGAAGAGCCACCAGGAGUUUGUUCACCGCCAGAUGAUCCCUCCUGUAGUGUUGGAGAGGUUCUCCAGACACUACAGGCUGCAGUAUGACCGCCUCUACCCCCUCUCACCUUUCACCCCGGGGGACACUGAGACUACUGUUGUUGCACCCCUAACCCCAGCUUCAGCACCUGCACUUGCACCUUUACCCCCAGCACCAGCCUCAGAUUCAACCCUCGACCAAGCCCAAUCCCUCUCUGUCUCCCAAACCUCAGUCCCAGCCCUUACCCCAGCUGCAACAGCCGUAGACCCAGACCCAGCUGUGCCCCCACCUCCAGCAUCCGUAUCUGUAACCCUGUCCCCAGACCAAGCCCCAGUUAAUUCCCUCUUCCCAGCCCAAGCCAGAGCCCUAGCCUCAACAACACCCUCUCCUCCUCCACACCCCCCCCAACCACAACCACUUUCAGAGCAGGACAGUACCACAACGACAACCACCCCUUGCCCUGACCCCUCUCAAACUAUCAUACACCAGCCCAAACUCUCCAUGCCCCCUCUCCCCUUACCCCAAGUCCCCCUGCCCCUGCUUCCUUUAUCCAACCUCCCCCCUCUUCCCUUCCCCAUAGACCCCUCUCUCCUCCCCCUUGGUCUAAUGCAGCCCUUAGCCCUCCAGUCUAUGCUUCAGUACCAGUCCCUGUUAUCAUCCGGCCACCAACCACCCUUAUCCCUAUGCACUAACACACACUCUGCUCCUAGCCCAGCUCUACCCCCAUACACCAACACACACUCUGCUCCUAGCUCAGCCCUACCCCCAUACACCAACACACACUCUGCUCCUAGCUCAGCUCUACCCCUAUACACUAACACACAUUCUGCUCCCCGUCCAGCCCUGCCCUCUCUGAAGUGUAGGCUGGAGGAAGGGACAGAGGUUAGGCCUAUGAGUGAUGUGUUGGCCGGUGAUGGAGAGGAAGGGGGAGAGAGGGAGGGAGAGGGGGAUGAGCAGAGGAGGGAUAGGCGCCAGAGGACCACCAUCAGUGCAGAGCAGCUAGAGGUUCUGUACCAGCGCUACAGUCUGAACGCCAACCCAACCCGCUCUGUACUGGAGGGCAUCACCAGUGACACAGGCCUGAAGAAACGUGUGGUGCAGGUACUUUAUCAUUCUCAUAGUAACAUUUAUAUAAUUUUGUAAUGCUGAAUCAUGUUUUGUGUAAUAACAUGUAAUAAUGCUGUGUUUGUCUGUUCUUCCUCAGGUAUGGUUCCAGAACACUAGGGCUCGUCAGAGGAAGGGCCAGCUCCAGACCCUGGGGAGAGGAGGUUUAGGUGUGGGUCUGGGUGACAACCACAGGCGCUGUCCGUUCUGUAGGGCUUUGUUCAAGGCUCAAAGUGCCCUGGACUCCCAUGUUAGGGCCCGCCACUGGUCCCAGACUGACAGACCUGCCUAUGGCCUGUCUCAUCAGAUAGGUUCUGCUGAUGACUUCAGCUUUUCUCACAACCAUGGAUCCUACAGAGACAGGGAGGGUCCCUCACUCUCCCUCCAGCAUUCUCCCUCUCUCUCCCACCAUCCUUCUCUCUCUCCCUCCCUCCAUCCCUCCCCAAGCCCCGGGGUCGUCCCCACUGAGAGAAAAUACAUUUCUGGGAAAACAGAUUUGACCUUUAACCUGAACGAACCCGACAUGGAAAAGGAGGAGGAAGAGGAGGAAGAAGGUCUGUCAGUAAAAAUAUUCCCUUCGUCUGACCAAGCUCAUGAGGGUAACCAUAGCAAUCUGUUGUCUCUGGGAUACAAUUAUGGGAUGGCAAGCUUCAACAUUCAAGACUGUGACCAGAACACCAGUCCAAGUCUGUCUGAGAGUGUGGAUAGGCAUGGACCGAGACAGCAACAGCAGCAGAGGCAGCGUACACAGAUGACCCCCCAGCAGGUGGCCAAGCUCAGAGCCUGCUACAGGGAGCACCCCACCCCCAGCCCCCUGCAGUGUGAGGGCCUGGGACAGCAGCUGGGGCUCCCACGCAGGGUAGUGCAGGUGUGGUUUCAGAAUGGCCGGGCCAAGGAGAAGAGGGCAAGGAGCCUCAGAGUCGACCCCACAACAGGAUAGAGGGAAAGGCAGAAGAGGACAGGGGAGAGAACGCACACAGCCAUGAACCAAGUGCUUGUCACUCACAACAAUGAACCAACCGGAUGCCACAGAAGCCAAAGAGCAUUCUACCAGUGUACCUCACCCCCUACUCAGCCCGAAAACAUCACAGGGCAGACCUCCUCUAGAGCUUUAAGACACCACUCCUCUGUUCCUCCCUCUCUCCUCUCCCCUCCUCUCCUCCAGCCGAUACCUCAGGAGUUAACCCCUCCAUGCCAACAGAUGUCCCUGUUCUGA